AUGUCCUGCUACGACCUGUGCUCCCCCUCUGCCUGCGGCGUCUACCGCCCCCAGCCCCUCGCUGACAGCUGCAACGAGCCCUGCGUCCGCCAGUGCCCUGACUCCACCACUGUGAUCCAGCCUCCUCCAGUCGUCGUCACCUUACCCGGCCCCAUCCUCAGCUCCUUCCCCCAGGAUUCAGUUGUGGGAUCUGCUGGUGCAGCCUGUCUGUAUGGCUAUGUCGGCUCCCUGGGUUACAGGGGUCUGUAUGGCUGGGGUAGACCCUAUUUUGGUUCUGCNNNNGGCGCUGGGGGUCUGUAUGGCUAGGGGGCCUACGGGGGUCUGUAUGGCUAUGGGGGCUCCCUGGGUUACAGGGGUCUGUAUGGCUGUGGUAGACCCUAUUUUGGUUCUGGUUAUUGCAGCCCUUACUGGUACAACAGGUACAGCCGUGGCAGCUGCGGGCCCUGCUAA